CGCAAGUGCAUGUUGACGGGGAAGAAGGCGAACAACGGUCGCACUGUUUCGUUCUCGCACAUUCGUAACAAGACGCUGCAGCAGGUUAACUUACAGUACAAGCGCAUCUACUGGCCGGAGCAAAAGCGCUACGUGCGCCUGCGCAUCUCCACCAAUGCGUUGAAGACGCUCAACAAGCUCGGGUUGGAGGAGAUGGCGAAGCGCGCCGGGUUGGAUUUG